AUGAACAUUCCAGACAUUCCGAUUCCCGUUGAAAUCGAUGAGUCUGAAGAUACGGAAUGGAACGAUAUUCUCCGUGCAAAGGGAAUCAUCCCGCAGCGUGCGCCGUCACCGACAGCGGAGCUCGAGGAGGCGUUGGCGGCAGCGGUGCAGCGGCAGCACGAGAACCGGUUAGAGGACAAGGAGCUCGAUGAACUCGCGGAGCUCGAAGAUGAGGAAGAUGAGGAGUUUCUCAACUUCUACAAGCACAAGCGCAUGCAGGAAAUCGCCGAGCUCCAGUCGCGUUCGGCGUUUGGCGCGGUGGUGCCCGUUGCAAAGCCCGACUACGGGCGCGAGAUCACGGAAGCAUCGCGUGCGGGGUUUGUAUUCUGUCACAUGUCCGCACUGGUGAGCUUGCAGUCGCGUGUGCUCGGUGCGUUGCAGGAGCAGCUCGCGCGUAAGUAUCCGGAACUCAAGUUUUGUGAUAUUGCCGCGAACCGUGCGGUUGAGAAUUAUCCUGAAGCCAACUGUCCGACGUGGUUGGUGUACCGCAAUGGGGAUGUGGUAAAGCAGUACAUCACGUUGACACAACUUGGGGGUAACGCCACUACGUUGAGAGACGUGGAGAAGGUGUUGGUCGAUGUGGAGGCCGUGAAGAGUUCGGACUCGAGAUUGGUGAUGAACCAGGAGGAUGAGGACGAGCAGGAGGGGUACAGGAUGCGGUUCCAGAAGAAGUCGCUCAGAGGGAAGGGGAGCGACGUGGAUAGCGAAGAUGAUUUCUAUGAUUAAUGACGCCAGUGCCAUUAUUGGUCCUAUUCCUAUGAAUCUCAAGGUGAAAUUACUUGUCUUAGGAUAGUUAUAACUACCAGGAGUGAUUUACAUAACUCAUAUUUUGGCACUGUGCAAGCUAUAGGCAGCUACGCGAGUAUUCUCUAUAUAUAUAUAUUUUUUUUUUGUGAAUCUAUUACGAACCAAGUCUCUACAG